AUGGACAAGAUCACCGGCUUUGGAAAGAACAUCAGCUCGGCAUGGAACAGCACAGUCACGCCACUUGCGCAGCGUAAUACACAGUAUCUGAAGGAGACCUUCGGCUCGACUGAGGAGAAGACGGCACUUCCGGACGAGUAUGUUGACCUCGAGAAGAGAGUCGAUGCAUUAAAGCUGGUUCACCAAAAGCUGCUCGAAGUCACCAAGCAAUACUCAAACGAAGCCUACGACUACCCACCCAACAUCCGUGAAUCCUUCGGCGACCUCGGUCGCAGCAUCACCGACAAAGUCUCUCUCCUCUCCAAGGCCUCCUCCCCAGCCGAAGCACAAGCUGCCUUCACCGCACCUCCCUCCGCAAAGCCGCAGCCCAAGACCUUCAACCACGCCAUUGCCCGCGCCUCCCUCGCUUCUUCGCAUCUCCUGACCGAGAACCCCUCUACUCCCAACCAGGACCCUCUGGCGCAAGCCUCGAGAAGUAUGCGCUCGCAGAAGAGAAAGUCGGCGAAGCGCGCCUUGCGCAAGACCAACAGAUCCAAACACGUUUCCUGGCUGUUCGCUACGAAGGCGAGACGCAAUGUUGAGAACAGCAGAUUGAUGCUGGAUAGCACGAAGGCGGCCAAGAAGAGCCAGGUUCAAGGACGGGGCAUGAAUCCUGAUGACGAGACGGCGUUGAGCGAGGAGGCGAGGGCGGAGAUCGAGGCUAAGGAGGAUGACUUUGUCAGCCAGGUUGAGGAGGCGCAGGGCGUUAUGAAGAAUGUUCUUGACACGCCGGAGCCACUUAGGAAUCUGGCUGAUCUGAUCGCCGCUCAGCUCGAGUAUCACAAGAAAGCUUACGAGAUUCUGUCGGAGCUGGCGCCUGAGAUUGAUCAGUUGCAGGUUGAUCAGGAGGCUAGUUAUCGUCAGAGCCGGGAGGGUGCUUGA